AUGCAUCAUUUGUUUAUAGAUUGCCCUGUCUCUACUAGUAUUUGGAAUGCAAUAGAUAAUAACCUAAUCAGUACUUGCAGAAAUGGAGAUUUUCAAAUCUGGCUUGAGAAUCUGUUUAAAUCUAAUAAUUUCUUUGUGGCAGAUAUCCGGAAACAGGUAAGGUUAAUUGGCUACAUAUUGUGGCAUAUAGGGAGAUUACGAUACUCAGUAGUUUUUGACAAUGCACAAAUCAGAAUUAUUGAAUAUGUCAAUACUGUAAAACUGUUCAUAUCUGAAUGGGAGAAUUCUCUAAAUGUUACUCAAGUAGCUAAUCAGGUGGCUCAAGAACACAAAUGGAAUGCUCCAAAAGUGAAUGAUUUGAAAGUGAACUUUGAUGUUUCCUAUAUAGAUGAACACACACCUAUUGGAAUCGGACUAAUUAUGCGUGAUUCUGCAGGUCAAUUCAUGGGAGCCAAAGGGGAAUGUUCAAAGUCAAUAAAUGAAGAACAAGGUGAAGCAGUAGCAGCACUAGAAGCUAUCAAAUGGGCAAAGGAAAAUGUAGUUCUUAAUCUUCACCUAGAAGGAGACAAUAGAAAUGUAGUAUCAACGAUAAAUGCAGCCAUUGGAAGUAUCCAGUGGACAACAAAUAGUACAAUCCAGGAAUGUAGGCAUCUUUUAAAUUCCUUUUAUUUUUGGACUUGUUCCCAUGUCAAAAGGGAAGCUAAUGGAAUAGCAGAUGUAAUGACAAAAAAUGCCAGAAUUAAUGGUGGUUCAAUUUGGAACUCAAAUCCAGCUGAUUUCCUUCUAAACUAUAUUCAGAAGGAUCAAAACUGUAACCUGGUUUAA